AUCAACCUUCCAGGGCGGGCUAAACGCUUCGCCGGGCGAGAGGGUAGAGCGGCCUUGCACAAGCCCCGGAAGUCUCCAGCGACCGAGGCGGAGCUGCUUCGUCGCAGGCGCCGUUUUCUUUCCACCCUCCCUUCUUGUCCGGGCAAAAAUGGUGGUAGGGAAAGGUGGCGGCAGCGACGAUAGCGGUACUUUAGGAGGGGAAGCGGAGAGGGAGUUGAAUGAGCCUGCCGGCAACUAGCUCCCGCACUCGGCUUCCCUCCUUCCCUCUUCUCUCCACGCCCGCCCAUGCUUCUUCCUGUCUCAGCCAUGCGGCUGAGUUCUGAAACCCUCCUCUUCCUUCGUAGGGGUACUUGUAGCCUGUGGAGCAGGAGACGAGACGCCGCUUCCUUCAGGUGGUAGCGGCGUGCCGGUGAGGAAAGCGGGCAGCGCGAAUUGAUUUUUAAAAAUAAGUAAACAAACAAUCGGCGGCCCCACCCCCAAGAAGAUGUUGCUGUCGCUGGUGCUGCACACCUAUUCUAUGCGCUACGUGCUGCCUGCCGCUGUGAUGAUGGGCACCGCCCCCACCUACAUGUUGGCCUGGGGAGCCUGGCGCCUGCUCUCUACCCUGCUGCCCGCCCGCUUCUACCACGAGGUGGAUGACCGGCUGUACACCAUCUACCAGAGCAUGGUGCUCUUCUUCUUCGAGAACUACACCGGCGUACAGAUAAUUCUGUAUGGUGAUUUGCCAAAAAAUAAGGAGAAUGUGGUAUAUAUAUCAAAUCAUCAGUGUACAGUUGACUGGAUUAUAGCUGACAUGUUGGCCAUCAGGCAGAAUGCUCUGGGACAUGUUCGAUAUGUUUUGAAAGACGGGUUAAAGUGGCUUCCUUUGUACGGGUGGUAUUUUUCUCAGCAUGGAGGAGUCUAUGUGAAACGAAGUGCCAACUUUAAUGAAAAGAAAAUGAAGAGAAAGUUGCAAGCCCAGAUAGAAGCUGGAACUCCAAUGUAUCUUGUGAUUUUUCCAGAAGGAACACGUUACAAUCCAGAGCUACCAAAAGUCAUUGCAGAUAGCCAAUCAUAUGCUGAGAAGGAAGGACUUGCUGUGUUAAAACAUGUUCUUACACCACGGGUCAAGGCUACUCACAUUGCAGUUGACUCAAUGAAGACCUACUUAGAUGCAGUUUAUGACAUUACAGUGGCAUAUGAAGGUACUGUGGAUCACAAAGGGGAAAGGAAAGUUGCUCCAUCCAUGACAGACUUUCUUUGUAAGGAGUGCCCAAGAAUUCAUAUUUAUGUUGAUCGCAUUGCACUCAGAGAUAUUCCACAUGAACAGACAUAUAUGAGAAGAUGGCUUCAUGAACGUUUUGAAAUCAAGGAUAAGUUACUAAUAGAAUUCUAUGAUGCAAAAGAUUCUAAAAGAAGAAACAAGUUCCCUGGGAAAUGCGUUCAUUCCAAACUAAGUCUCAAGAAAACGUUGCCAUCUUUACUGUUUUUAAGUGGCUUGACUGUUAGUAUGCUACUGACAGAAUCUGGAAGAAAACUUUAUGUGAAAACAUGGAUAUACGCGACUUUAUUUGGCUGUUUGUGGGUCAGUGUUAAAGUGUAAAAUUCUGCACCUGUAGUCAGUGACGUUACUCUCCUGGCUUGCACAUCAAAUCAAACUCUUUCUUGAAUUUAUAAAUGUAAAUAAAGCCUUAUUAAUGGAACACUGGAUGAAUUGAGACUUGUGACCUAAAUCUCCCAUGGUCGGUGUGGAGAACAUGUAUGUGUAAUUAUGCCCCUCAUUUUUGCAGAAAAAAGCAGCAGAUAGUCAGAAUUAUGUUUUAACACAUUUUUCUCUAUGAAUGAGCAUCUGUCUGUACAUGAUUUAACAGAAUAUGUUAUAAAUUAAGUGGACCUCUGAAUGUAUUUACUGAAAUUACUUUAGGUUUAUGUAUUUAUUCUUGUCCAAGUUCUUUAGUUGAUUGCAGAAAUUUUGUCACAGCUGCAUCACAAACUAAAAACCAAAGCCGAUAUCUACCAAUAUCUUGGUUUUUCUUUUUUAUCUGGAUGAGUUUCUCAGAUUUUCAAAGAAUUUUGCAAAGAAACUGCUAGAACAUGAAAAGCUAUAAAACCUGUUCAUGGGAAAAUGAGUUUAACAUAUGCAUGAAAUUUUGAUUUAAUUAUAUUGCCAGCUGACUUUAGUUUUUGUUUGCAACAUGUUUAAUUUUUUACACACAAGUUGCUUGUGUUCUUGAUGAAAACACCUUGUGUUGGUGCAUAAAUGAUUACAAUAUGUCCAGCUAUUAUGUCUAAUUGAGACUAAGGCUGCAAACCAAUACACGUCUACUCAGAAGUAAGCUCCAUUGGGUUCAUUGGGACUUACUCCCAGGUAAGUGUGUAUUGGAUUGCAGCCUAACUUGGUUGUAAUCUACCUAGAUUUCCAGAAGUGUAUUGGAACAUUUCAGUUACGUUAUUAGUUAACUCAGAAUUCAUGUGCCAUAAACAGUGGUGAACAUUCCAGAGUUUCCUGUUACCUCAGGACCACUUCACACGGGUGUUUUGUUCACACGGAAAUAAUCACUGAGGAAGGAGAAAACCAUAUAUAGUGUCACUUGUGGAUAUUUUGCUGUGAGUACACUAGUCAGGAAACAAGUGUUGGAGGGGUAAGUGUCGUGUGAAGUGGCCUUGAGUCAUAUGGAACCAAAUGAGUGUAAACUGCAGUGAGCAAAGCUGCUAUGCAGUAAAAGAGUUUAUUUUAUGGUAACAAGGAACAUCUAUGUGUUCUUGCCAAAAUGUAAAUAAUGUGCCUUUUAUCUACUGAUUUUGAAUUUAACCUAUUAUUUCACAGUCUAAUCAUUAUCACUGUAAUUGUACGGUACUUCCAAAGCUUUCACAGUUGGUGUCCACUAAUGAUGAACAGAAAAACUAUGACCUUGAGGUAUGCAGUUUGCACUAUAGAAUGAUAAGAGAUGCAUAUUCUGUUAGUAUUUAACCUGCUCACCAAUGCAUUUUGUAAGAAACAAUGGUUCUUAUUGCUUUUUGGUGAUCUAUUUGGAAAGGAAUUCCUUUUGUCAAGAGACUAAUUAUCAGAGCUUGGAAGAUUACUUUUAAAAAGUAAUAAAUUACAGUUACAGUUACAUAGCCCCAAAAAGUAGUAAUUACCGUUACAAUUACAAUUGCUCUGAAAGUAACUGAUUACUUUGCUUUUCCUCCAAAGUAAUCGCUACAAUUACAUUUCAGUUACUUUUUUAAAAAAAGCCUACAAGGUACUGGCCUUGGCUGCUGCACAUCUAAGUAGCCUAAAACAACAUUAAAAAUAAACACACACAUACAGAGGUAGUAGAAUAAUUCUUUUUAUUCAUAAGAUAGCAAUGGUGGUCUCCCCGCUGGUAAGGAUGGGGGGGAGGGAGGCUGAGGCCACUACUCAGAUGUUUGCACGUCAAACCAAGUGCAACCCCCCCCCACUCAGCCAGCAAGCAUAAUCUCUCUCACUUAACCACCUCCCAGACUCUGCUCUGCCACCAACUAAGGGACACUCACUCAAGCAAACAUUUUCCCCAGAGAUGCAAAAAAGUUAAAAUACUGCAAAUACAGCACAGUAGCCAGAAAGGGUGGUGGAGGCCACUUUGUGUGCCAAGUGCAAACACAGUAUUCUCUCUCUCUCUCUCUCUCUCUCUCACACACACACACACACGUUGUCAUCUUUCACCUCCACAGUUCUUUAUCUCCAUUCUGCUGCUGCCUCCUUCUCCUCCUUUAUCCAUGUUCUUGACCUCCGGAUCCUUUUUCCCUCCACUCCAUUCUUCACCACCACUAUCCAUUGUUUAAUAUAAUUGCUUUCUCCACUCCACCCUGUCUCACUCUCCUCCUCCUCCCCAUCCACAGAGCAUGAGGAAAGAGCGACACUGCACAGAAGCCCAGUUUGAGGCACAUGAUUUUCAUCCACAAAUCAGAGGAGCAGAAGACUUCCCCUGCUCCCCCCCCAAGUAGUGCCCAAAAGUAAUUCUGGAAACGUUACAAUUACUCCACAAAAGUAGUAAAAUUACUCCUAGUUCUAUUACAAUCGAAAUGUAAAGGAAUUACCCACUCAUUACUCAAAAAAGUAAUGAAUUAUAAGUAAUUUGUUACUUGUAACUAGUUACUUCCAAGCUCUGCUAAUUAUUCUGUGUUAGCUAGGGAGAGGGAUUCUAUUUUGUAUUUAUUGUUUUGUAAAAACCAACAAAAACCAAGAUUCCACUAUCAAAAUGGAAAUGAUUAGAGCCUAUUUUUGUCUUUCUGACUUUUUCAUAACAAGUUUCUGUUGGCUUUAACAGAAUUUUGAAUUGUUUUAAGACCCACAUGAACUAAAAUGGUUGUCUUAAUUUUUUAAAAUAUUAAAUGUGUUCACCUCUGACUUUGAUAAGAA